CGCUCGUGUAUUUGCGCGUUUUUGCGAUCGUGCGCUUGUGUGUGUGUGUGUGUGUGCGCGCAAAUAUAAAACGACUACGACCAUGGUAGUUGGCGGAGACGCGCGCAAUUCCCAUUCAUCCGCCGAACGCAGCGUAAUCAGCACGCUGAUAGUUACCCCUCGCCAGACACGCCAGCUGAGUACACCGCCGCCGCCACCACGGUUAUUAUAUCCAUCAUCGUCGUCGUCAUUACACCGUGAAAACCGUUUAGAAUAUCGUCGAUCUCAUACUUAUAUAAAUAUAUAGGUAUUAUACACGCAAAUCUACCCCGUGGUCCGCCUUCCGAUAUUAUUAUAUUACAAAGUUGAAUAGGUUCACAAUAAAAAGGUGUAUAUGAAGACAGUGAGACACGAUUGGGAACUUUUUUAAAAGGUCCUCCGAGCUUUGAUGAAACUUUGGAAAGUGAUGUUUAGAAAAAUGUGCAUGUUAAGGUUACGUACACGUUAAGUAACGCGUCGUUGUAAUAACAUCAAUAAGGGUAUUAUAAUUACUUUCACACUUUAUGAGUUUUUGGACACCGGGAGACCCGAGUGCGGUCGGAUCGCACACAGCAAAUGGAACUUCGGCGGUGGUGCGGACGGAGGUAUCCGCAGCAACAGCGGAUCGACGAUCGGACGGCGAGGACAGUACGGGUGGUGAUGACGGUAACAGCAGUGGCCCACCGGUGUUGACCGUUCACAUGACGUCCGAUAACGAUGGCGAUUCCGCGGCCCAAGUCCCGAGCCCAAGUCCCGUGCCCGGCGCUAAAAAGGGUCGUGUGCCCGCCAUUUCCGUCACCACCACCACCACCGCCGCCGCCGCCAAGGGGAUAUUGGUGCACAACCACAAGAAAUCGGGCAAUACGAACCGUGUGAGUUUCGUUACGAAUUCGUCCACGUCGUCACCAUCUCCAUCGCCAUCUCAUUCGCCGUUGGCCGAGCGGUCUAAGAAAAAUAAUCAUCAGCAACGGCGAUCGGUGAGCGACGAGGGCGACGACGUCCUGCAGUUGCCUUACCACGCCCGGACUGGUAGACGGCUGACGGGUUUCGGCGUCAAGAGUUACUUGCACGAGUUCUAUGACGAUCCCGACGAAUUGUUUCAGGACGGCGACGGCGGAAGCGGCGGCGACGAUGACGACUUCAAAUACUUCGUGGAACCGGAAAUCCGUUGGUAUCACCACUGCUGCAGUGGCGUGUUCGCGGUGCUCGGGCUGGCCGUCAUGGUCGCGGGGGCGAUAGCGAUGGCCGCCGGCCACCUGAUACCGGCCAGGGACCCGGUGGUCCGCCGGUCCGCGCACAUGGAGGUGAUCGACCGGAGGGCUGUUUCGUUCAACGAUCACUUGGCGUCGUGCCGUUACGUCGGUUCGGUGGUGUUCGCCGUCGGUGUAGUGUUCACCGUCGUCCGGUAUUGGGCUUCGGUGAUAAGGACCCGGCCCGGCGACAACGGCGAAGAUCGGGUGGCCGAGAAACUGCGGUCCAGCGAGCAGCGAUCAUCGUCGCCGAACAAGGCGCAGACCGUCCGAAUACCCAUCACAGGCACGUUGGAGAACGUACAGCCCGACCCGUUGGCAAUAAAACUGCGGUUCGCCGACGGUGGUUAAAAGACUAUACCUAUUAUUAUACGAUUUUAAAAUGCAAUAUUAUAAUAUAAUUAUUAUCAUCGAUAUGUUGCAUAAUUACACACGUGGAGUACCUAUUAUACUAUUGUAGUAGUUAUAGACUAUAUGUGAUAGUAUAGAUAGUAUUGUUGUUGUUGCUGUUGUUGUUAUUGUUAUUAUUAUUAUUGUGACAGUUAUAAGUAUAGUAUAUAAUAUAUAUAUUAUAUAUUAGAACAUAAAAAGCUUAAACUUGUAAUGUGAUUUUGUGAUUUUGUGCACAAAAAAAAACUUUUAACUUAUAACAUUUAUAACAUUUUGAAAAAAAAAGAUAACUAUAGUAUAACAACAAUAUAUGGCGAUCAACUGUGUUUUCAUCGUGUGUCUCCUUCCGCAAAGUACCCACGUAAGGUGAUAACAGUUUAACGUCGUACCACAGACCCAAUAAUUUAGUUUUAUAAAGGUACGUCCUAUUCCCUAGAUUUAAAUGCAAUAUUUUAUUUUUUGUAAAAACACACGGAGUUAAAUGUUAUUUGUGAUGUUUUAUUCGUUAUAAAUGUAUUAUUUCGUUAAUGCGUUAUUAUUAUCUAUCAAAAAUAUCAAGAAGUAGUAUCUAAGCGUAGUAAUGUUGUAUAAAUCUAUCGAAUUGUUCAGCUAGAAACUAUUUUUCGAAUAAAAAUAAUAUUCUCCCAUUGAACCAUUGAACAGUAAAAGCAGAAUUUAUGUUUUUCAAUAAUAAUAAUAAUGAUAAUAAUAAACAGACGAAAGAGCUUAUAUGGAAUCUCCGGUUUUCACGAUAAGGAUUUGCGGUAAUAGCAUUGUACUUAAGGAAUCACUGUUUGUCCUUAUUAUCGAUUAUUUUUAUUUUUUUUAUCAUAUACAACAUUUCAAAGAAAAAUAAUAUUUAUUUAUUAAGCAUGCAAUAUAUGACACGAAUACAUUCUUAUGUAACCACUUUUUAACUAUAAAAAUAACUAUUUAUUAUGAUAUCAUAUACAGUCCAAUUAUGCAUAAUAUAUGUAUAUAAUAUAUAUUAUAACAAUUAUAUGAAUCUAAGUAAAUUUAAUUUUAAUAAUACUAUGUUAUCCUAUUAUAUUAAAGAUACUACAUUAUAUAUUAAGUUUAUUAUUCAUUAAUAUUGAUCUAAAUAAAUGUUAAUAUUUUUUGUGAUCUGGUAUGCAUAUUUUAAAUAAUUUAUUUAAAGGCUGUGGUUUGAAAUUUGCAUAAAAUUGGAUAUUGAUUUAUAUUUAUAACAAAAUUGUACACGAAUCGUUAAAAGUUUUUGUUCAUAUAUAUUUUUUUGGUAAACAACAUACACUCUUAGAAAAUAAUAAAAAAAAAUCCUAUAAUUCAUAGUUAUAAUAUCUAAUAUAUAUAUGUAUAAUUCUGGUAAUGUGUUAUAGCACAAAUUUAUUGACCUAUAUACUAUACAGUACAGGUUUUUUUAAAAAAUUAUAAUAUGUUAAAACCAAAAUCGAAUUGCUAUAUAAUGCUAUUUUUUAUAAAUAUAAAAUCAUAAUGUAUGUAUUUAUACAUUGAGGUAUUAAAACCGCGAUCUAUACUGAUUUUUGUAAAUUUUAUUUUUGUAAGACACAUGAUUGUAAUUUUGAAUGGCGCGCUGUGUAUAUUUUGUAGACUAAUAGUUCCUUCCCGAAUAUUUUGUGCUACAUUAACAUAUUUAAUUAAAAUUUGAUUGAAUCCGUGUAUAAACAAUACGCAUAUGAAUAUAGUUUAUUUAUGUUUGUUAUAUUCAAUGGUUGUAACAAAUAAAAAAUAUAGUUAAAAUAAUAAAAUACCUAUUCAAAAUGUAUUUAAAAGUUUUAUUUUUGAAAUUUAGUACGUGUUACUAUAUUAUAACGUUUAAAUUGAUUUUAUUUCAAAAUAACAAGAACGAUAAGCGUAUACUAUUGUCAAAAAACAUAUCACUUUAUAAUUUUUUUUUUUCAGUAAUUAUUAAUUUAAGUUUUAUUUAGUACUUAAUUAUGAUAUUAAUAAAACGGUACGCCUAUUUAAUAAAUUUAAAAUUUUGUUGGUCAAUAAUAAAAACAUUAAAAAAAUAUAGCUAUUCAACAGGUAAUUAUAAAUUAUCCUCCAAAUUCUAUCUCUGUGUUGAAAAAUGUUAAUAGAUACCUAUUUAAAUAAAAUGUUAAUUUAUCCAUAUUUACAUUAAAUUAUUAAAAAAGUAUAUUUUUAUUUAUCAUAAAAAAUGCAUGUAUUUAAUGAUCGUAUUAAAAAUAAAUAUAAGAUUUUUUUAAGCUUGAAUUUUUAUAUUUUAGUUACUAUUAUUUUUCACUGAAUAAUAAUAUUGAUUGAUUUACAAAAAUUUAAUUGUUGUUAAAGUUACGUAUUUAUCUAUCGCCUUAAUUUAUAACUAAAUAAAUAGGUAUCUACCUGAGCCAGAGCUAUCCUUCACAUCCCAGAGUACCUAUGUAACAACAUUUUUAAUUCACAAAAAUUGACAUGUACCAAUUACAAUAUUAAAUCUUUAUAAAUAAUAUAAAUAGUUUGUGUAUCAUAAUAUGAUAAUUGUGUACUCUUAUGUCUGAAAAUAUAUCUAAAAGUUUAAAUAAAUAAUUAUAAUUAUGAUAAACGUUCUACCUACCUGUAUUAAUAAUAUAGUAUUAAUGACUCAUGUAACU